CUACACACAUGCCGGCGGCAAUGCCGCCGGGUUCAUGCCGAGCGGCUGUGCCGCCGGCAAUACAAGUCGCCGACACAAGCCGCACAAAGCCGCCAAGCAUCAUUCCGGUUGUGACAGUCACAUAGAACGCUAGUGAAGUGAUUUUUUUUGGUAGGUUGGUUACAAUGAAUACGGAAAUCAUCAGUACUACCGCCGCAGUUGUCAUUUAUAUUUUAAUAAGAAAACAAUACAAAAGAAAAAAGACGAGAAGGUUUUGGGUGCGCCCAAGUUUACAAAAUAGAAAAUGGCAGAACGGUACUGUAAUGAUGGAAGAGUAUAAAAAAGAUGAUGUGGGAUGUCAACGUUUGCGCAAUAGUAUGUUCUUUGGGUUUCUGAGAAUGACAUAUGAAGAUUUUGAAUUUUUGUUAGCGAGUACUGAAGAGUACAUUAGCAAAAAAAAUACUGGCUGGAGAAAGCCUAUACCCGCUAAAGAGAGGUUGGCAGUAACGUUGCGGUUUUUAGCUACAGGAGAAAGUUAUUUCAGCCUUGGAGAACGGUUUAAAAUUUCACCACAACUUCUUUCCUCACUGAUUCCCGAAGUUUGUCAAGCAAUAAUAUCAAAACUUCAAAUUAAGAUGCCAACCACAGAAGAAGAAUGGCUUUCGGUGUCACGUUUGUUUUUCAAGAAAUGGAAUGUUCCCAAUUGUUGUGGAUCCAUUGACGGGAAACACAUACGUAUACAGUGCCCCAAUAAUAGUGGCUCAGAGUUUUUCAAUUAUAAAUCGUUUUUCAGUAUUGUGUUGUUGGCAUUAGUCGAUGCUAAUUAUAUUUUUUUAUACGUCGAUAUUGGUUGUCAAGGAAGAGUUUCGGAUGGGGGUGUUUUUAGAAAUUCGCUUUACGAAGCAUUGCGAAAUGAAUCUAUAAAUCUACCGACACCAAGACCUUUACCUGGACGGACUAUGAAUGUACCAUUUUAUUUCCUUGGUGAUGAUGCUUUUCCGAUUUCUCCUAACUUUAUGAAACCAUUUCCUGGACAACAUGAACGAGGAUCUCCGAAAAGAAUAUGCAAUUACAGAUUUUGUAGGGGAAGGAGAGUCGUGGAAAAUGCUUUUGGCAUAUUAUCGGAAAAAUUCAGAAUAUUUCAUACAAUAGCUAAUUUACAGCCAGAGAAAAUGACAAUUGUAGUAAUGGCUUGUGUAUGCCUGCACAAUUUUAUCCGAAGAAAUGACGUUGAUGUUGAGGAUAAUAUGAUAACGAUACCGGCACCAAAUAUUGAAAUAAAUCGAAAUUUGGAACCUUCUAUGGUCAGGAAUGAGUUGAUGAACUAUUUUCUUUCAGAGCAUGGACAACUUCCAUGGCAACAUUACAUUUCAUAAAUCAAACACAUUUUUAUAGGGAACAACGUUUACUUAGCAUAUAAGUGUUUAUAUAAUGAUAUUUUAAGUAAAAUUUUAACCAGGUAACACUUUGUUAAUCUGUGUUCGCCUCACUAAUCUCACUAUUAAUCACAACGUACGAGUACAAUCAUAGUUUUAAUUAUUAAAUCCUUAAUGUAGCAUCAUAAAAGAGUUUUAAUUAUUUUCCAAAUAUGUAAAUAGGCUGUCCUGAGUAUCAGAAUUGUCGGUGUCCUGAAUAGAAGAAUGGCUAGUGGAAGGACGUACACUUUCAGAUGUCGAAGUGGUAAAAUAUCCUUGAGCUGCCGCCACCGUGGAAGGUCUUGAGUAAACGCCCAUUUCAGCCUGAUAAAUUAUAUUAUUAAUAUGAUGUUGUACUGUAGAAAUUGUUAUGGGAUCCAUUUUUCGUAUUUUAUUUGCUAUGUGUUCUCCGAAUACCGAGGCAUCGUCGCGAGCAAAUGACGAAGCUGACAUAUUUUUUAAAACUUGUAGGGCUUCAGCAAUAUCACUGUCUCCAUCAGAACCGCAUCUCCUUUUCCGGGAACUAGUCGCUGUUGCAUUAUCUUGCUGACUGUCCUGCGAAUGCGUCUGUAAAUAGAAGGAAAUAAUAUGUUUUUUUUUGAAGUGAAAACUUCUUUAGCGGCGCCUGGCACUUUUCUAGAUGGGGAAAAAAUCUUAAACUCGCGUCGUUUGAAGGGUGAUCGAAAAUCCAUACAAAAAACGUAAGAUAUUUAAGCGUAAGAUUUUUGUCAUCGAUCAUAGAAAUUUCGACCUUAACUUUAUUGUUAAAAAGUUCACUAGUAGUGUAAAUGUUAUUUGGUCAUGUUUUAUAAGUUUAUAAUUUUUGUCAUCAAUCAUAGAAAUUUCGACCUUAACUUUAUUGUUAAAAAAUUCACUAGUAGUGCAAAUGUAAUUUGGUCAUGUUUGAUAGGUUUAUAACUCUGAAAAUUAAGAAGUUUGAUAAUUAUAUCAAAAACGUUACUUUCACUGACCUAUUUGACAUAGUCGGUUUGUAGUCGGUUAUCUGUUGUAUACGAGUGUCGGGACAUAAAAUAAUAGGCAAUAAUCAAGUGGUAUUAAAAUAUCCUAUGAUGAAUAAAGAACUUUGACUUUGAAUUAUAAUAGUUCUGUAGUGUAAUUUUUCUAUUGUAAUAAAAAUUGGCAUGUUUGUCUAUGAUAGCGCAAUAAAUAAAUAUUGUAUGUUACCACAUAAAUGAUAAUACUUUUAUACUGAUAAUAUUAAAGCAUACACAACGUUGCUAUUUGAGUUUUCACUUCUGCCGGCAGUCCCGGAGUGCAACCCGUUCUUUUUUUUUAAUAUGGUAGGUAUUUAAGUAAGUAAGUAAAAACACUUUAUUGCACACAAUAUAAACACUACAAGCAGGACAUUAAUACAAUAAAAUAAUAAUAGUAGGUAC